AUGUCGUUUCAGUACUACAUGAGCGUUGGCAGUAUCACCUUACGACUUGGUUAUGCUCCCCAGCCGUCACCGCUAUUGAACCUCUUCCACUCGACCAAUUUGCAGCACGCAGCCGCGCCAUACUCCCAAGACGAACCGGGCGCUCUUUAUCAAACUCACGGGCCCAUCUAUGGAGCAGACAGCAGACCUCGUUUAACGUCCAACUCGACUCCAUCGACGGGCAUGGCACAUGCCCAAACGCACGCUCAGCGCACCGGCAGACACAUCGGCGCCUUGGACCACUAUUCGACAGCAACGCCGCCUUUCCGCCGAGCCUCGGAGCACCUCCCGCGGUCGCCGGCCUUUUACGCACAUCGGCCGGGCCAAGGCUCGGUGCCACCGCUCCAGCCAAUGCAGACGCUGGGGUCGUUGAAUUACAUCGACUCGGCAAUGACGCCCAUCAAGAUCGAAAUCUCGGGCACCGUCGACAAGGGUCCCUUUCUGUCGUGCGACCAGGAGUGGACGUGCUACCGCCGCAACUACCUGGCCUGCGUGUGCUCGUACGCGCUGAGCCCACUAUACUAUCCAAACGUGCCGAUCCAGUUCACGCCGACAUCGUCGACGGCCUCGGCGGCGCAGACAUACCAAGUGUACGGGUUCGCCAUGUGCAUCUCGGCCGUCGUGGCCGAGAACGAGCAGCAGCACAUCGAGCUGGUGCAGCACACGCCCAAGCGAGACAAGGGCCCCAUCAGCAAGCCGUCCAAGAUCCCAAUGGCGCCCAAGACAAGCUCCUCGUCGCACCACGGCAUGAAUCCCUACGGGGACGGCCCCGCCAUCCCCGGCACAAGAGGCUUAUACUCGGACGGGCUCGGUGGACCGCAGACAGCCGCGCAGCAGCUUCCGGCCGAGCACACGUUUGAACGCAUCCAGUUCAAGAAUGCAACGCUCAACAACGGAAAACGACGGGCGGCGCAGCAAUACUACCACCUCAUUGUGGAGCUGUGGGCAGACGUGGGCGCCCACAGCCCGGACCAGUACGUCAAGGUUGCCUACCGCAAGUCGGCUAAGAUGAUUGUGCGCGGCCGGUCGCCUGGCCACUACCAGAACGAGAGACGGGGCAGCCAAGGAAAUGGCCCGGGAGGUUCCGCGGGCAACCUGAGCGGAUACACGGCCAUGGGCCACAUGGCAGCAGACUUCAACAACUCCAACGCCAUGCUCAGCGGGGCCGGGACUGGGGGCUAUGCCACCACGUACGACAGCCGCAGCGGCGUCUACGGCGGCGCGAGGCAUCACGAGAUUCCCGAGGAGGCCAUCAUGGCGCCCGACGACGGCAAGGCCCUCGAGACGUCCAAGGCCUACCACUACUACUCCGGACCCAUGUACGACGGCCACCACGAUCGAGUCGACUUGUUCGCCCAGCGCACCGGUCCCGAGAGCGUCGUCCCGAGCAUGGCUGCCGACUCAAAGGUCAAGCACGAAUACGACUUCGGCAUGCUGCCCCGGCCCUUCAACCCAAGUACCCCUGCGCCACGCGUGGGAGACCAUCGGCAGCAUGAUCAUUUCGACGGCAAGACAACCUCGGGCGGCUACUAUCCGUCCAUCAUGUCGUCGUCGACUGGAAUUCACAUGACCAUGGCAUGA